AUGGGAAGCGAAACUUCCAAACCAUUGCAACCCCCAGAAGACUGGGCCAAAGAUGGAGACCAAUUCCGCAUCAUUUCACCGAUGUCCGAUAUUUCCAAUCCAUCGGAAAUCAAUCGAGUUUACAAUGGCGUUCCUCGAAGUGAAGCCAAUAUUACAGAUCCAAACAGAAGGGUCUCAAAGACAGUCACCAGAGCACUCGCUUCGUCCAACCCUAACUCUGAUAUUCCAGCACCAAGUGCCUUCUAUUUCCCCAAAAAAGACACCGAGCGCAGAUCCCGACACUUCAACGGAAAGAACGGCAAAGAAAACAAGAAAGGCUUUAAGAAAAUGAUUAAGAAGUCCAAGAAAGUCAUGGCCGGGUGCUUUGUCAGUGAAAACGACGCUCGAGCUAAUCGAAAUGAAGCUGUGAACCUACAACCGAUUGAUAUCAACAAGAUCAGACGAGCAAAGCAAACAAAGAGUCAAGAGCUUGUCAUCAAGCAAAAGCUUUCUAACAUUGAAGAAGAAGCGAGCAACAAUUCUUCUUCUCAGAACAGCAAACCCGCUCCAAAAGAAAACUUCAGUGCUACUGAAAUUGCACUUCACCAGGAGGAUGUCUACUUCGAUAGACUCAGCGGUGGCCCAAAUGGCGAAGUCCAUGCUUCGCCAUAUGUACAGAAUUCAGCUGUUCGCGAUGUCGCGCCAAUGCUCGACGAUGGUUUCCAAAGAGAUGCAACCCAUCUCUUUGACACUAUCAUUAAGGAGGGCGAAGACUCGAUGAGCCAACUUGACAAAUCCCAACACAGCAAGAAGUCUUCACAGUCCAGAAAGAGCACAUCUUCCAAACAGAGUAGCGAGAGUGGAUCCAACUUGGCCGAAAACAAGUCACACGUCGGCCUGCUGUCGAAUGAAAACUACGAGGUACUACAUCGAAGACAAAGUCGGGAUCCAACAAUUUCCAGCAAUAACGAGCGCUCCGAAGACGAGUCAUCUCCUAUGUCGUAUGGUGCUCGACAAAAGAAAGUUGAUAAUGUUCAAUCAGCAUUCCGUAUUCCAGGAGAGCCUUUGAUGCAGGUUGCAAAGCUUGGAAGACAACCAAGAACUUCCAGUGGAAGCAGAUCCAGUAGAUCAAGCAGAUCCAGCUACACUCGGGAAAACAAUGUCAGCAAGUUGGAAUCUCUUUUCCGCCCUGUUCUUCCAGCCCUUUCUGCAGAUGAUGCCACAGCCUCCAGCUUUGACCCAUACCAAAUCAAGGUGACUGAGUCUGCUCCAAGUCAACUUGAAGGCAACUCCCGCCUUGACAUUCAAACAGGCCUUGGUGGAAACCCAAACCAGCUCGCUCUACUUAGCCCUUCGAUGCUCUCCAUCGACUCACAAGGGAAAUCGCCAGCGGCUGUAAAGGUGUUGCUUUCCGAGCAAGCGGUUCACAACGGGGAUUUCCUCUUUACUGACUACGGCCCACAGCGAGACAUCCGAAAGACCCGUUCUGACCGUGAAAGUGCUGUUGGCUCCAUUUCAACCGCAGGGGCCAGAAGCCGUCUCACAAACCGAUCCGCAAAGGCAGCAGCCGUCCCAUCAAAGGCUUCCAGUGCUUACGCUACUGAUUCUAAUUACGAGUACAUGAAGUCGGAUCCCAUCGUUCACUUCACGAAGUCCGCACAGCCGACCACCGUAACUAUUCCUACAAUUGAAACCAAGAUGUCUGACCUCUCUGAUUUCGCUGAUCUUUCUGUGAAGGACACAUCCCGUGAAACGCGCGUCAGCUUCGAAAACUCUAUUCCCGAGGAAGGAGACUUCAACUCACCAGAAGAAGGUAAUGUUCGUUGGGCGUACACUACUGCGGAUGGAAAGUCGAGAGUUACACCUUACGUGAAGGGAAUGGAUACUUCGCAGGUAACGAAAUCCCCCUUUGUUCGCUACCAAGCUGCCAAGGAGAAAUGGGAAAGCCAAGAAGUCAAUGAUGAUCAAUUCGCUGAGUUCUUGAAGCCAAGCAAAACUCAAUCGAGAGAUGAAGAAGUCGCUGUCAUUCCUGAAGAGCAACUUCAGGAAGAGGGACUACGGGAGACAAUGUCGUUUGACACCGAACCUCGUUGGUCUUUCGGCGGCAACAGUGACAACCAGAACAAGCCCACAGCUUUCAAGCCCAGUCAAUCUCCAGCGAACCGAUUUGGCAACAGGUCAAGCUUUGGAGCCAUCAAGGAGCGGCCAAUCAAGAGUCCAAAGGCAAUCAAAACAAAGAGAAAAGGUGCUGGCGGUGUCGUGACCGCCAGAAUCGAGUCAAUUGAUCGCAAAGUCAUUGAAAACCGAAGGUUCAAGAAGAAGCUGAACCAUGCUAAGAAGACUUCCAACCCAAGACGAUUCCAGGUUGUGAAUACAAGCUAUGUCCGCACCCAAAAGCUCAACGGGUAUGCUCCAACGAAAGUUGAUCUCGAAAAACUCAAUUUGGUUGGUGGAGUCAAAUUCAACAAGGUUCCUGAGUACGGCGAGGACGAUCUUUCUUCAUGCCAGUCAUCGAUUUACAUGGAAGAGAAGAAGCUCGAUACCAAGUCUAUUUUCAACCUCUACCCACACGACGAGUUUUCACCUUCUCACACAGACGAAGAAUUAGAGUAUGAAGAUGACGCUGAUGAUGAUGAUGAUACUCGAGCAUCGACUGCGGCAUCAACUGUCCUCCAAACCAGGCGGUCGAUCCAACCACGUGCGAGUGAAAGUUCAUACUCAACGAGUGGAUCUGGACUUAGCCAAGUGAAGAAACAAGUUUUCGACAACAAUCGGUUCUCUCUUUUGUCCACCAGUGACAGCACUACCAUGUCAUCAAUCAUCGGGAAGGAGAAUCAGACAUACCGACCUUUCCGACACGCACCAAAUUCUGUGAAUCCUUCGAAACAAAAGCUGGUUACUCUUCCAGCAAACUUGCAAGUUCAACGUAACCAAGGACCGCAAAAGUGGAGAUCCUUGGCAGCUGCUGCGCACGAGAAGGAUUCUGCAAUGCAAGGGCUUGCUGACUGGAAGAAGAAACGUUCCAAUAGAAAUCUUGCUGGUUCCGCAAACUAA